UGCAGCGACUCCGAUGGGCGAAUUCGCACCGAACAAGAUUUUCGUUUGAAAGGAGGUUUCGAAGCAAAACUAUAUGGCAGUUUUACCACUGUUGGGCAUUGCGAGAAAGGGUAAAACGAUGCUUUCAAAGCCUUCAGGAUAUCCCAAAGUUAAGCGGCGUUAGGACGGAGAAGGGAAUGCAUCGCGAAGAGGAGUGCGCGCAGUAAUAUAACUCAGUACGAGUGUCCAGAGCCAUGAAGCUGAAUCCCCAGCAAGCUCCACUCUAUGGAGAGUGUGUGUUGACUGUUCAGCUUGAUAAUGAAGAAGUGCGGCGGGCUGAGGAAGUGGAGGAGGAGGAGGGGGUGGAGUUUUAUCUUCUCUUCUUGGGCUCAAACCAACGACAUCUUACCACCACGUUUCGAGUCAGCCGUGUGACGCUGCAGGCUACGUGCCCAGCUCAUGAUGUCUGUGAGCCGGUUCUAGUGACGUUGUGUUCAGCCCGACCUAGUGGACAGGUGGACCCGUGUUCGCAGGAGAGCUUCUGCUAUGUUCAGGACCUGGCUCUGGACAUGGCCAACUUCCUGCUUAACAACACAGCGCCACAGGGAGCUCUGUUAUUGGAUGAUGAUCAGGUUCCAUUACAGGAGUGUGAGAGACUAGAUCAGACCCUUGCACUUGCCCUGAAACACCUCACCUUGCGGCGCCGACGGACUGCACUGGGAAUACACACAGAGCCACAAAUGGACAGACACGCACACAAACUAAUACACAAAGAGAGACUCUGUGACCAGCAAACACAAAUGGAUAUGCACCAGAAGGCACAUGCAGAUGCAAACAAGUGCAGACAGACGGACAAACUUGUUGGCAACCAAACGGGCGUACACACUAACAAACAGACGGAUUUAAAUAUGCAAACAUGCAUGGAUGCGCACGUGAGGAGAAACAGCGACAUGCAACUGGAGACAUACUUGGGCACACGGAUGGACGACUCCACAGAACUGGAGAACGGUGUGGAUUUCUCCAAGCGCCAGCCGAAGUCUACUCUGCUUCACUUUGCUGCCAGUCGUGGCCUGAGGAGAGUGGCACAGUUUCUGCUGCAGCAGCCUGGAGGCAGGGAGGCGCUGAGGCAACCCGACGCUCAGGGAGAAACUCCCGUGUGUCUGGCAGAUAGGAGGGGAGACCAGCAGCUGUCGGAGCUCUUCACACGUUUUGAAAAAUCAUCGUCAGAUCUCCGGGUGGAGUCGGGGGAUGAGCUACUCAUUUACCCAGGGGGCCGAAUAUUUCAACAUCACCCAAGUCUUGGCACCUACACCCUAACAAUCUCCUCCUACCAAGACAGUGAGGGAGAAGGAGAACACGAGGAAAGGCAGAGGAGUAAAAGGUGUCGCUUACAGGAAGAGGUGACAGAGUUAAGAGGACUCGUACAGCUUCACAGAGACAAAAAGAAAAACACAAAUCUUUGUGAUAUCACACCUGCCUCGCCACACCUCUUCUCAAACCAUGGACUCUGCAUUUCUGUUGGUGGGAUGUGGCCAUGCUCUAACCACAAACCAGAGAUUAAGGGAGCCGUUGGCUUGACUGCAGCAACUUCAGAGAACUGUGACAAACCAGUAGACAGACUUGGAGGUCCCACCUCAUUGGAGGAGAGAAGGGUAGAGGAGGAUUCAACCAUUGUCAGUGCUACAUCCUGCACUCAUCAGCUCAUCCAGGAAGAGGGGAAAACAGGAGAACAGGAAGACAUCCCUGUCGCUGACUGGUGCACUGUUCGUUGCAGGAAAAACAAAAAAAGAACUACAAAGACCACAAUACAUGCAUCAAAAACUACAGGAUUCGAUAGAACCUCCGCAGAGACCGUAGAUGGAAGUAAAAGGAACUCCACAAAGACAACAGGAAGUAGACCAGGGUCAUCCAUACAAGCAGUGACAGUGUUUGAGGAGGAGUCCACUGAAAAUAAAAGCAGCCAUGAAGGGGCCUCAUUACCCAUAAAACCAUUGUCUUCGCUGGGUGGCGAAGAAGGGAAUCAGUUUAGCACCAGGGGUGUUGCCUUAGUUACCACCACAGUAGAAAAACAGGAAGGAGAAGACUCGAAACUUGGCCUCAAGUCCUCUGACGGAGAUACGGAGAAAGAAAAACUGACAAAGGACACGGGCUUUAAUUACACAGCAAGAGAGAGAGACAAAGAGACUAACGCAGACUUCACUUGUGAAUCAGCAACAGAAGUGAAAGUAGCUAUGGGGCAGGGACAAUCCCUGGACCCCCAGGACAGCCACUCAGACACAGAGGAGCCAGCCAGUGAUCAGAGUCCUCACCUCAGCCAUAGAGGCAGCCACAAGUCCAUGGGAUUGGAAGGGAUACCUCGAAGAUUGCUAUGGCGGGACGGUGGCUGGAUGGGAUCAGGAAUUGGAUCGGCCCCACACGGAUCAGAAAUGGUCUCAAACACAGUUUGGUACCAGGAUGAAAACACGGACUGGACACCGAAACAGGAAGCUGAAAUGGAGCUGCAAAGAAAGGAGCCGGUCCCACUGGCUGUUUGGUAUGACAGUGACAUGAUGGAUCCGACACUGGCAGAAAAUGUAGGCCCACAGCUGGAACAAGAAGAGAGAAAACACAAGGAACAUGAUGUGAGCCGUCUCCAAGACUCUGGCCCCAGUUCUCAGCAGCCUUUAGAACACCGCCGUUAUUCUCAACCACUGUCAUCAGCACUUAGUCAAGUCCAUGGUGCUGGAACAGAGCCAACACUGUCACACGGGCCUGCUGCACAAAGACAGGAAGUACAUGGAGCACAGCAGGAGGAGGGAGGAAGAGAGGAGGGGUGUGGAGAAAAGAGGAAGCUGCCAGGGCCAGGGGGAGGAGUGAUGGGAGGUGGAGAGGUGGCUGAUAGCAGAGAACGGACUGCAAUCAGUGAAGAGAUAGGUGAAGGAGAGGAGGCUGAGGAGAAAGGAGGAGAGAAGGGAGGGAGUGAGGAGAAGGGGGAGAGGGGGAAGAAGAAAAGGAGGAAAAAGAGAGGCAAAAGAGGGGGCACAGAGGUCAAGUUUAGCUCCAGCUCCAGCACAGAAAGCCAGACCCAGACAGAGAUGCAGAAAGACACACCGUCUGGAAUGGAGUCACAGACAAAUAAUCAGGUAGCAACAGAGACAGAGAAACAGUCGGACACAAUGACAGAGAGACCACGAGAGACAGCAAGAGAGACAGUCAUACAAACACUGUCACACAUGCGCAGAGAGAGACAGACGGACCUGAUUUUGCAGUCAGAAUUGGAGAGGCAGAUAGACACGCCGACACAGCCAGAGGCCAAGCCUAAAACAGGAAGGGCUGACUUCCAGUCUCCCAGUACUUCUGAGUCAGUCUUGAGAAAGGAAGCUGAUACGGGCACCAUGCAUCUGCCCAGUCAGACGGAGGGUGAGAGCAGCAGCUCUCAUAAACCCAACUGUGAGCUUUCAAGUUCUGAUUCAAGCAGCACCACUCCCGAAAUUGGACAAAUGGAAAAGGAAACUACAGAAAAAAAUGAUUUUAUGGCUGUGGCAGAGUCAGAAUCAAAGGAUUUAUCAAACUCCAUGGAAACUGAAGAAUCAAAAGUUGUCGAAAUGAGAAUGCAGUUGGAUAACAUUGACUCUACAGGAUCACCGGAAUCCACUGAUUUUUCUGUUAAAACUGUGGUGCCAAUGGAGCUGACCAGACCGGUGGAAUCUAACUUUGCAAAGGAAAUACCUUUUGAGUAUUCAAAUUCCACGAACCCGGCGGAGGAUUUUCAUCUCGUUAAUUUGCCUAGGCAUGAUACAGAACUUGUGCAAUCUGUGAAAAAGGCCGACUCUAUACAACCUGUGGAACUUCAGGAAUGUUUGGACUCUGUGGAAAUUCCUGAAGAUAACACAAAAUCUGAAGAGUAUAUGGGCCCUACUGGACCAGUACAGCCUCACAAACAUUUGCGUACCGUUGGAAAAUCUGUAAGCUUUAUUGAAUCUGUACAACCAGAAGAAGCUGUUGAAUGUUCAGAGUUUGUGGAACCUGGGAGGCGUCUAUUUAAGCGAGCAUCGGAUAUGCCACAGCUUCAAAAACAGGAAGGAAGCACAGAAACGACAAGGGGGGGAUAUUUAGAACAUUGUUUGGCCACAGAGUUGCUUAGAGACAGGCAGAGUGUGGAGAAGAAAAUGGGCACAACAAAGAAGGAAGAGGAAAUGGGUGAGGAAAAGAGAGAGGCUGAGAAAAACCAGAAGACAGUUUGGGGAGAGGGGCAAAGCAGACAGAGUGAGAUGCCAGUAGCCCCCGAUACUGAGGGUGGCAAGAGGAUGGCUGAAGGACAGGAAAGGAAAGGGGAGGAAGGGAGCAAGACAAAACUAGGAGCGAUGCUAUCGUCCACCUGCAUAGAGGAAGAGGUGAGGACGGAGGCUAGAUGUAGGCAAGAGGAUGAAGGUAGUGAUGACCUGGCCACCACAGACUUACAGGAAAAACAACACUACAUUGAGGAGCUGGCUGCUGCAGCUGUAGCAAUUGUAACAGUAGCCAUUGCAUCUGCAGUUGCUAACAUGGAACUGACACGGCUGCUUGAAGGCAGUCAGUCAGAGAUUACACCAUCAACACAGACAUCUCAGGAGUUCAGUAGGGGACAGGUGGAGCUACUUGAUAACAAGGUACCAUCUGAAACAGAAAUUUGUCUCCAAAAAGAUUUACACGCUGAGCAGUCUACACAACCAACUAGCAAAGACCAUACUAAUAUUGAUUUUUUAGUAGAUACAAAUACAGUUAAAUUGACUGACCAAGAUAAAGAGCAGACAACUCAUAAAGACACCACAUUAUCACUUGAAACAGAAAACUGUUAUGUAGAACAUUCAGAUAUUGAACCCUCCACACAAUCUAAUGGUGAAAAAGACACUGUUGAACUGACUACUGUAGCAUUGACAGAAAUAGAAAUGUUUAAGUCAGAUGACAAACUGCCAGAAAAACAACUCUGGACACAAAUGCAUUACAAACCUACUAUGCGGUCAGAUAGCAAAGAGCAUGAUAAUUCUGAAUUGUCAACCCCAUCAGACGUUGAACUGCAGAUGAAGGUUGAUAGAGAGGAUGUGAAACCAGGAACCUAUACAGAAAACCUAUUUGUAACUAAGCCAAAUAGAGAGCCACUUAAAAUAAACAGUCCAGCCCAGAGCAACUCAGAACCUUUCACCGCCUUUGAAAGAGUAUCUACAUCUCAGCGAGACAGCCUAAAUGGUGACCAUACAAAAAGUCAGCUCUAUCAAGAUAGCAAACUACCCGCCCCUAUUACAAUCACAGGAAAGUGUGGAAAGGUCUCUGAUGUGUUUGACUCACAUGGUGAGGCAUAUCCGAGACUUGGAGACCCUAGCAAUUGCCGCACAUCAUUCAAAGAUGACUCUGCUUCUAAAAGAGAGGGAGACAUCCCAGUGGAGAGGUUCAUGGACAAGCUAGAGUGUAAUCUUAAAGAAUAUGAGACAGAUAGUGCAGGUGCCAAAACUUUCACAGCUGGAAAGCUAGACGGUCAGACACUCGAACAAGAACAUGUAGACACUGUUGACUCAGGAUGUAAGACAGAGGGAAGGGAGAGCGGAGAAGAAGGUAUCACAGACAUGCCACAUUCACAUUUGAAGGUCAAGGAAUGCAAAGGUGAUCUGGACCCAGGAAGCCAGCAUGAGGGGGCACAUGUUGUUGCACAGGGUGAUGAGGUCAUUCGCUCUUUGUUGCCUUCCUGCGAAAAGACACUUCCUGUUGCUCUUUGUGACUCUCUACCCCCGGCGUCACUACUUCAGACUGGGAAUAGUAUGGUCCAUUCUAAUCCAGACUCAAAGGAUUUGACCACCUCUGUGUGUCCGGAUAAUGGUACAUCCCAUCCUUUGCCACAGAUUGGGUUUGCUGCCACCCCUUCAGAGAUUGAUCACAGCACACUCCAGUGUGAAGGUGCUCACUCCAGCCUUGUGGUUAACGAGAAUGGUAUGUUUCAAGACCGAGAGAAAAACUUGAACGCUUUGGAUACUGUAGAUGGAUGGAAGGAGAGGGAGAGAGACAAAGUGGAAGGGAGAUGGGAGACCAUCACAGCACAGGAGCCCCACACAGAAGUAGAAACCUGCUCAACAGCAAACGAACAGCCUCAACGAAGAGAGACUGACUUGGACACCAAACUCAAUCUGGAGAUCCAGCGGGAGAAAGAGACCUUCUGCCCUCUCCAGCCGUGCCCUGAAUACCGUCCUCCAGCUCUGACCAGCACAGCGGUGACAACAUGCACGGAUCUCCGUCCAGUGAUCGAGGCGAAUAAAGAAGAUUGUGUGUCGGUGUGUGUGCUAGAGAGAGACACAGCGGGCAGUGAAGCAGAAAGUCUGACACUUGGCGCUGAACUGGAUGACAGUGUCUUCAAAAAGCCUGAAGCGCCUGUCCCUGGGUGUGAGAGGAGAGAAAGAGGGGUGUGUGUGUCCUGGUCCUCCACAGAUGAUACCUCCAGCCUGGGCCGCCUCAGCACUUCCUCUCUUCCCAGCUGCGGUGCCUGGUCAGCAACUGCCAGCGACACCGCAGCACCUUGGAGCUCAGCAGAUCCCUGGAAGUCAGAAACCGAGGAAGGAGGAGGGGAAGGUGAAGAAGUUGGGAUGGGCGGAGGGGAAGAGGAGGAGAGGAAAGACCAGCUGACUGAAAAUCCAGUGUCAUCUGCCAUCCUGCGUGCUUCCAUUCGAUCCCUCUCGCCGUUCCGCCGUCACAGCUGGGAGCCAGGGAAAAAUAACACAGCUGGAGAAACAGACAUGGCACAUCGCAGUUCACUGAAGAACCUGUCGGGAGAGAUAAGGAGAACCAAGCCACCCCUUCACAGGAGAAGUAUGAGUUGGUGUCCUUCCAACCUGCCUCGUCCUGAUCAGGAGCAAAUAGACAACAGAAGCUACAGUCUGGAAGGUUUGGAGGUGGAGAGGGGAGUUUGCCCAGCCUCAUGUGCAAAUCUUGGAAUGUCUGAUCGGGAAGGGAGGUCUUUGGGAAGGGGAGUACGACUGGACAACCAGGAGAAAGGAGGAGGCUCACUCGUCUCCCUCACUGAGGAGGAGCAGGAAGGAGAUGCAAGCAGCAUUGAUAGUCAGGGCUCUCACCGGGCCCUGUCUAUGACAACCAGCUGUCAUGCUAUGUCCCACCACCAAAUCCUCACCAAAUCCAUCUCAAUGCUUGCCAUCAGUCACCGUGAAACAGACGGAGUGGGUUCCUCUUCCAGCACUUCUGGGUCACUAGAAUACAGUAUUUCAGAGGAGGAGCCAGGUCCAUUGAGGAGCGACACUGAGAUGAGAGGAGGAGGAACCAAGGUCAGCAGGACAUUCAGCUACCUCCGCAGCAAGAUGAGCAAGAAAAGCAAGGAGAAGGACAAAGACAGAAAAGGAGAGAAAGAGCGAGAGAUUAGGGAAAAAGAAAAGAAGCUUGUCAACGGUCAUCUCUUCUCUCCAGUACCUCCAUGCCCUUCCUCAGCCUGUCAACAGUGUACCAAAGCCCUCAACACGAAGGAAGCCUUCCUUUGUAACAACUGUGGUGCCCAUGUCCAUAAGAGCUGCAGAGAGAGUCUGCCUGUUUGUGCAAAAAGCAAAAUGAAGCAGCAGUCAUUGGCACCAGAAGCUGGACCAGGGUCAGCUGUCAACUUGAGGAAUAAAUCUACAUCCUCAACAUCGUCUCUGCCGUCAUCAUCGUCAACUCGGGAACGAUGGUCCGCGCUAACCAGCCCCGAGGAUCAGGUUGGCCUGGUGUUUCCAAGGAGGAAUCCCAGUAUAUUGUCUUUCAACACACACAGCAACCUGUCCAAGAGCAUCUCCACCAGUAACAUAGCAGGGCUUGAUGAAGUUCCUUUGAAAGGUCUGAAGUUUCUCUCCCAGUCUACUGACUCUCUCCAUCAGGGAAGCAAGGUCAAUGCCUCCACUGAGUCACUUACCGAUGAAGGUACAGAGAUGAUGGACAGUCAGUUGAUGGGGGAGUUUGAGUGCGAAGUUAAAAAUGUAGAAGCAGACUCUUGGAGCGCCACUGUAGAUAAGAAGUUCCUGAAGCUGCACAAAAAAGAUGAAGUCAAGAGACAAGACGUCAUCUACGAGCUAUAUCAGACAGAGUUCCACCAUUUGAGGACACUGAGAAUAAUGUCUGAAGUUUACUAUAAAGGUGUUCAGAAAGAACUGCAGCUGGACACUCACACUCUGGACAAGAUUUUCCCCAUGCUAGAAGACCUCUUGGACACACACACGCACUUCCUCACACUGCUCUUGGAGCGAAAGAGAGCCUCGUUGGCUGAUGGGCGGAACAACAACAGCUUCCUCAUCCGCAGUAUUGGUGACGUCCUUGUCAAUCAGUUCUCUGGUUGCAAUGCGGAACGUCUGAAAAAAGUUUACGGGAAGUUCUGCAGUCGUCACAAUGACGCUGUCAACCUCUACAAAGAGCUGCUCGCCAAAGACAAGCGCUUCCAGGCCUUCAUCAAGAGGAUGAUGAGCAGCAGUAUUGUGCGACGACUCAGUAUUCCCGAGUGUAUUUUGUUAGUCACCCAGAGGAUUACAAAAUACCCUGUUCUCAUACAGAGGAUACUGCAGCACACCAAAGACACAGAUGAAGACCAUGGGUAUGUGUCUGAGGCACUGCGAUGUGUGAAGGAGCUAAUUGCAGCAGUGGACAGCAAGGUCAAUGAGCAGGAGAAGAAACGGCGACUGAGGGAGGUCUACAGCCGCACCGACAGCAAAUCCAUCAUGCGGAUGAAGAGUGGUCAGAUGUUUGCCAAAGAAGACCUCAUCAGAGGGAGGAGGCUGCUUCAUGAUGGAGUGCUACAGCUGAAGAAUACCGCUGGAAGACUCAAAGAUGUCCACGCCAUGCUGCUGUCUGAUGUGUUGGUGUUUCUUCAGGAAAAGGACCAGAAAUACGUCUUUGCCUCUCUGGACCAGCGGUCUACAGUCAUCUCUUUACAAAAGCUGAUUGUCAGAGAAGUGGCAAAUGAGGAACGAGGUCUGUUUCUCAUCACAGCUGGGAUAGAGAGACCUGAGAUGGUGGAGGUAUUGGCAAGCAGCAAAGAAGAACGAAACACAUGGAUGGCCAUUAUACAGGACGCCAUGCAGUGCAUGGAAAAGGACGAGGAUGAGGGGGUUCCCAGUGAGACAGAGGAGGACAGGAGACAACAGGAGAAUAGAGCCAAAGAGAUCAGAGAACAACUAAGAAGAAAAGAUGAACAGAUCGUCUCACUGUUGAAAGAGAAAAUCCACAUCUUCAGGGACCUCUGUGAUAGUAACUCAGCCCCCGAUGAUACAAACCCACCACUUGGGGAACGCAUGUUAUUCAGGGCCACACCUGACGAUGUCACAAAAGGAGAGCCAAUCAUGAAGGAUGCCCUGAAGGAGGUUGAGACACUGCAUGCCUUGGUGAACACUGGUCUAGGUGGAGCAGGGUGCAUUACACCAGUCAGUGCUACAGGCGGCGGUGUAGGACCAGUGUGUCUUCCCAGGAGAGCGGAGACAUUCGGAGGCUUUGACAGUCAUCAAAUGAACAGCAGCAAGAAUGGUGAGAAAGAAGAAGGGGAUGACUCACUUGACCUUCGCAGGACUGAGUCAGACAGUGUGUUGAAGAAGGGGGCAAAUACCAGCCUACAGAUGUUACUGAAGAGGAACAAUGAGGUCCAGCACAGUGUUACACGUCUCCACGACCUGCUUACAUCAUUGCAGGCUGUGGUGGUCCAGCAGGACUCAUUCAUUGAGGACCAGCGCCAGGCCCUCAACGACCGCACCACCACCAACUCUUCCUCCCGGCACUCCUCCUCUUCCUCCCUCUCGUCCACCUCCUCCUCCCGCCCUUCCUCCCUAAUCGAGCAAGAGAAGCAGAGGAGCCUGGAGAGACAACGGCAGGAGGCGGCUAGCCUGCAGAAACAACAGGCUGCACACCAAGAAGAAAAGAGGAGACGAGAAAAGGAGUGGGAGGUUAAGGAGAAACGAUUGGCUGAGAGACAUGACAGGCUGAGGGAGGAAGAAGAGGAGGCCAACAGGAAACGCAAGGAGCUGGAGGAGGAGAGAGAUGAGUUCCAGAAGAAAAAAGAAGACUACCAGAGAGAUUUAGAGCGAUUGAGGGAGUCACAACGGAGGCUAGAGAGGGACAAGGAGGCACUGAGGAGAGAGACGGAGAGAAUGGAGGCAGUGGGGAGAGACGAGUCAGACCAUCUUCACAGGUACCAGCGGACCCCCUCCACCACCUCCGAUGACUCGCUGAGGUUCCACAGCUCCAGCUCUCUGGACCUGGAGCCGAGAGAGGCACCAGAACAAGCUCAAGAGGUGGAACUCUCAUCUUCUGCCCCAACCAAAGAACCCUUCCUCCGCAUUGGAUCAAAGAGGAUGAGCAAGAACUUCAACCCCUUCUCCUCUUCCUCCAAACAGGGAAGUGAGAAGGAGUCCCAGCUCCCUACUAGACUUCUCCAGCUGGCUAAACCCAAGGAGAAGAAAGAGAAAAAGAAGAAGAAGGGAAAAGGAGGAGAAAGCCAGGCCACAGUGACGUCAGAAGCUCAGAAUGAUGGAGACAUCUACUUCUGUUGAAGUCUUGAGAAUCAGAAGUCGAGACAUCCUCCGUUGCCAGUCUGGGCUUGCUCCACAUCACCCUGUCUGCCUGAACCGUUGAGGAGCCAGGCGACUUCCAGUGCACCAAGCUAAUCUUUUGAUGAGGGUUUCUUCAACCAGCAUCAUGUUGCACCUCAGGUUGAGUCAAACAGUGUGCUUUUCAUAAAUCUACAUCUUCCUCUGAUGAAGACCUCUCAUCUGGAAUCUCUCCAAGCCUUCCUAUGAGACAGCCAGAGAGACUGAGCGCUGGUCUUUCAAGCUGUAGGCUGGGAACCAUAAUGGAUAAUGAGCCGACUCCUGGUGUGUCCUGACACAGCAAGAGCAGCAAUAUGUUGUAAUAGCCUGAUUCCCAGUGCAAGACACUGAAAAAAAUCCCUGUGUCUCAGGUUUGUUGGGAACAAAGUUGAAGAUCCUUAUUUCCUGCACCCAGCCCCGCCUCAGAACUGACUGUAAAUUGCCACUUCAGUCAGGAUGACUGACAUUUUUCUUGACAACUGGCUGAGGGACCUACAAGAGGAAAAUAAAUCUGGAUUAUUUUUCCAGCAAUUGUUGUGACAUAUAAAUGAGACAUUUGUUAAAACUUGUCCAUCUGUUGUGAGGGCUGUCCAUGCUGCAGGUAGUCACAUCUCAGAACUUUUGAAACUGUAGCAAUCUUUAGCUUUAAGAUGAAGCAAUAAUAACCGCGUGGCCUGUUCUUUGUCAUAUAGCUGAUGCUAACUCUCAAUGCUCAAGGUGAUGGAGGAGCGACACAUCACCAUGAUGAGUGCUAGUUCGCUUUAUCAUGUAUCUAGGUGCCAGGAUGAGAGAGACUGUUUUUCCUUGGUUUGCCUUCCAGGCUUAAAAAGUGGCAGGGCCCUUGGUCUAAAGUAUUAUUUUGAGCUAUAUUGUUUUAAAACAAAUGGGCACCAACUUUUUCUUUCUUUGAUUUAUUUAUGCUCUUAUUUUACCAGCCGGGUCGGCAAAGAAAUCAUUCUGGUUUACUAUGGGAAUUGGCUGCAGCAAAUUAUAUUUGCCACACUAUUUCUAACACUUUGUAACCACUGAUUGAGUGAUUCUGGUAUAUUCCACUAUACUGACCAUGUGAUGAGGUCAAAGUUUGGUCAUUUUACACAACAAAGGAGGAACAGUUUUGAAAGGAUGUAAGCCCCGGGCACCCAGACAUGACAAGUCGGGGACACUCGAGAGAGAUGGAUGAGUCUAGAAAGAGACACGUUUGUCUCUUUGUGGAGGAAUCGAUAGAGAAUAAAGUCUGGGAGAAAAAGGGGGAAAACAAAGAAAGACUUGAGAAAAGCUUUCUGUUUUGUGUCAAAAUAGGACUGGUAGCCAAAGACCUGCAAAGAGUGAUUCUGGUGCCUUCAUUGUCCGGUGUUCCCUGUUUUGUUGAGUGUUUUGACACACAACUUGGCUGUGGAAUGAAAUACGGACUCAGCUUUUCUCCUUGGUCAUAUAUAAACCUCCCAUGAAAGUCAGCAUCUCAGGAAUUCUGCAAAAAAAGCCGGAUUUUCGAAUCGAUGGCUGUUUGGGUUUUUAAUCUGGGCCCACUCACAUGAAUUGUAUACCACAGACAAGGUCCACGUUAUGAAUCAGUUUAAUAUUAAGGGAAAAAACAGACGUACUAGGUCUUCACACAACAGCAGUGCAUAGGUAUGAGCAUAGGAAAUGUCCCUGGUAAUACUGGAGUGGCACAUUUCAGAAUUACUUUUUACUGAAAUUGUGUUGACAUAAUGUGAGCUGUCCAGUCAAUGGACAAUCAAGGGCAGCAAAAUUACAUCCAUUUAAUGUUAAUGUAAAAAGAUGUUUACCCAGAGUACAUUCCUGGUACCCCAUCAGAGUCAUCCCAGUCUAAACUAGAAGUAUCUGUGACAAUCACUAUGAGGGAUGAAAACUAAACUGAUUCUGGUAUGGAGUACAUUGUCAGGUUCAAAAAGGCCGUUAGUGUCCUUGCAAGUAGCCGGCUACUCAAAACCAGAAGGAGAUGCUUCAUGUAACCUGCCAGAAAUCGAAGCAGCGUGGCUUGGUUCUUAUUUUUCACACAUUGACAGCUCUUAGAUCCAUAUGAGUGUAAAUGACUCCUUGUAUCCUGUCAUCUUUCUCCACCCUUUAUCGGCCACUAUUUGAAGUUUAACUCUUGGAAUCAGUGUAGGGACUGACAAAAAAAAAAAAGUGCAUCGGUGCAUCCCCGAUUCCUGCAGCCGCAUAGGAGUUCAUGUGACAAUCGGUGCAAUGCAACAGGAUUUCUGUUGGUUUUGUCAGCCACUGCGAUGCCAUUCGAUCAAGGCUAGAAAGCUAUUUAUAAGCACUUUAGGUAGACGUUAGAAGCACAUAGACUUGUAGUAAAAUUGUAGGAAAUCUCAAAUGCUUCCAGUUAAAAUGAGACAAUCAUUGAGUUUACAUUAAGAGACUUUUUUUUUUCUUUUGAGUCGAGAAAAAAAAAAAACUUCAGCGUCACGUUUGUGAAUAGAAUGCUACGGUCAAUUCACUGUUAGCUCAAUCAUUUCAUGAGAUAUAAAAUAAUCUAGAUAAACUAUUUACAUUGGUCAGCGCAAUCCUUUUUGUUUUGUUUUGUUUUUUCCUUUUUAAUUUAUCAAUGUGUUGAAUGAGAAAGCAUUCUCAUGCAAAAGGUUUAUCAUUGAUUGGAUUUCGGAGAAAAUCCAUUUCCUUUAUUAUCUGCCGUCAGUGAAUUAGCCCGACGCUAUUCAGUAUAGCGACGUUUCCUCCUCUUGUGGUUUUGUUGAGAUUCUUCCUAUUUUAUUUCAUUUGAAUUUAUUUUUUUUAAGGCAAUGACAUCUAAUGUGACUAUUCUGAUCAUUCUCAACUGAAGCGUCUCUAUCCACAAGAAAAACAACAAGGCAGAUGUGUCGGAGGGCUUUUUUUUUAAAGUGUUUAAACAAAUCCAUCAGUAACUGUUUUAAAGUCCAGCAUGCUUCGCCUCUUGACACAAAUGACAUAAGGAUAUAUUGGGCAUAAAAUCUGUGUCAGCAAAAAACAGUUAAGACAAAAUCCUAUUGAUUUAUAGCCUAGUUGUGUUUUCAGUUCAUUGUACCAAAAUGACAACAAUAAUCUACUGGGUGAAAAUGAAGGGGGGGGGGGUUCCCAGAUCAUUCCUCUAUUUUUCUGUAUUUUUUCCCCCUAUGGGCAGUUCCAGUACUGAUACACAAAUGCAUAGUGGAUGCUCCCGCCGCCCAUCCAGAAUAGUAACUCAUAGCUUUAUAUUUCUGCCCCAUUGAUUUUUUUUCCCUCUCUGUUCUCUACCCUUCUCUCUGAGGGGAUGGAGUUCAUUGGAGCCUGCAGACUAAAGCGUAAUAUGUCAACCUACCACGUCAUUUCUGUGUUUCUGCUGAGAGGAGCAGAUUUGUAUUUAGAAAAAAAAAAAAUGAAAGCACAGCAGUCCUCAAAUGUUCCCUCGUGGUAAUACACUUUCUUUCUCUAUCUCCUUUCACCUUUCCUCUGUCUCCUUCACACUCCUCCUCCUCCAUCAUCAUGUCCCCUCUCUCCAUAUGUGUCCGCGUUCCUCCCUUUGCCCCCCUCUCUUCAUACCCACUCUAUCUUUUCACCAAACCCACAUCACCCUGAGCACACAAAAUAUAUAUUUCAUCAUUUGUAAAUAUCCGUAUUGCAUAUGCUGCAAACUGAGGAUUUCUUUGAAUUAAAAGUGAGACGGGGAAUCAUCCAGUCAUCAGGUCUUGAAAAUGUAAAAUUGGUUUGAAAAUACUCUCUGAUGUCCAAGUGUAGAUUUGUAAACCGCACUGGUGUCAAAUGACUCGUAUACACAAGUUAUCUAGACUAUAAUCAAAGCUAGACUUUAACAUGUUUAUCACCCCUCACUGCAACUGCAGUAUGUCAAAUUUGUCUUCCUAUGGUGUUGUUCUGCCACUGACCAGCAGAUGGCACUGGUGCCUUUUUACCACUUUUUGUAAACUUAACAGAAUGUCACGUUGACCAAGCAAGAUGGGAGGAAAAAAGAGAUUAUUGAAUGUCUAAAUCUGACCACCAUAUUAAUUUAUGACAUAAAUACUAUUUCGUGUUCUCAAUCAAGAUGUAGAAUAAGCAUUUUUGAAGUCUACUCAUUAGUUUAAUUAUUUUGUUGAAAUAUAUGAACUGGGCGAUUGUUACUAGUUUUAUUGGCUGCUUGCCUUUAUUGGCAUUUGCAUUUUUUUUUUUUUUAAAUUUACCAAUUGGAAAAUAUAAACCAACCCUGAUACGAUCCUACUGGCACUUGUAUUCUUUCCAAACCCUCUUAGAAUAUUUGAGCAUGUUGAAUCUGGUUUUAUAAACCAGAUUUGAACUUGAACUACUUAAGGUGCCCCUCUUUGGUCAUGUUCGAAACAUUAACGCUGAACAGAAGCAGUGACGAUAUAGGAAACGCUCAUCAUAUUAAAUGACCUUCAGUCAUGCGUUGCUCUUAACAUAUAAAGAUUAACGACACACUUCAACCAACACACACGCACCUUCACAAGGAGCUGAACCGUUUGGUUGAUCCUAACACAACUACCUGCGGUGAUGCUUUGACUCAUGUCACUCAGUAGCUGUCCUGUUUUCUCCUUUCUUUCUUUUUUUCCAGUGUUGAAGUCUUUGUAGUCCAAACUAUCAGGCUGACAAUAGAGUUCCUAUGAUAUAUCGGACACAUGCACACAGAGCCCCCUAGACCAAAUACCACCCUCUUGUAACCAGCCAACCACUGUAAAGCUCCAUCCUGUUGGCACCGGGAAUCAAAAACAACUCUAAUCAGAGGUUUAAUACAAAGAGACAAAUGUAGAUUUGCAUAUAGAUAAUAGAUUUUGAAAAAUCUAAUUUUUGUUUUGUAGCUUGACCAGAGAUAUUUCUAGCAUGCCUGGCAGUUUUCCCGCUGGGCUCCGUGCUCUUCUAUUAAGGUUGUGUAACACAUUAAAAUGCACUAGAAUAUUACUAAACUAUUCACAAAGGCUUUGAAAUUUCACAUUAGACCUUACAGUUUUGCACUGUGUGCCAAAGAUUUUUUAAGUGUAUUUGUACUACAGACACGAAGGUACAAAGCUUUUUUUUUUUCUUAUUUCAUGUAAAAAGCAAAAAGGGCAAAGCAGAAAAGCAUGUAUAUACAUUUUAUGUACAAAUUUUGAACUUUCAAAGUAUUGAUGACUGUGGGUUUUGUUCUGUUGGAUGAUCCAUUUUAUAUAUAUAUAUAUAUAUAUAUAUAUAUAAAAUGAGGCUUUAUUUAUCUUUACUCUCCCUGUUUUGCAGGUAUAAAAGUUAUUAGAAAUGUACAGUUUCAGUUUUUCCCUCUACAAUAAAUAACUAUGGUUGCUUG